AGCAGAUUUGCAGGGCAGACGCGGUUCAGGCUCGGGUGAGAACACGAGGAUCGAGCUAAGGUCUGUGUGCGAGUUUUGAUAGGAAGAGUGAAGCCUGAAGGUGGACAGCAGCUGAACCUACCGAAGGAAAUGUGGAUGGAAAGCCACUGAGGAAACGGGAGGACACCUGGGAUAAAGAUGUUGUCAAACAAAGAGGAAAAGAGGACCUUCAGCAAUGGAGCUCUGAGAGACAAGUGGGAGAAGAGAACACAGAACAUCGCAGAACAAUGCAAGCAGGAGGCUGAAUGGAAGGAGAAGAGCUCCGUCAAAGUUCUGUUCUCCAAGUGGUCCAAUCACUGGUCUCUUGUCCAAAAUGGAAAUAAGAUGAAAAGUGACACAACUGACUUCAGAAAGGUCACAAGCAGAACAGAUGAGGUUGAGCAGAAGCCCAAAGUUAAAUUUAAAGUUGUCCCUCCACCUCCUAAACUCAAAGUUGAGCCUCCGCCUCCUGCCCCCCCUCCCCCCAGGAAGUCGGCUUCUCCCAAACUUCGCAGGCCAAAACGCAAAGUGGAGGUGGAUGUUUUCCGGUUGUGCUGGAAAGAAUCCUGGAUGAGCCUGAAACCUCCCAAGUACCUUUACCUCAAAGCCAAAGAGUCCAAACCCGUGACCUCUGGGUUCAUAAGCAUCCAGCUGAACAACAGGAAGUACAAAGCUCAGCACGCCGCACUAGAUGCUGAACCCACAUGUGUCUUGAAAUGGAGUCAGUCCUGGAAACUGGUGAGGAGUCCAGCACAAGAGGAGCUUUCUGAGGAGAGGGACUUUAAGUGGGGCACUGUGUUUGAAAGACAGCUGCUUCACAAAGCGAAUGUGGAAAAGUAUUCUCUACCUCCUUGGGCUGGUACCUGGAAGAUCAUGAACUUUCCUUUUAGACAGGAGAAGAAGAAUUGGGAUUGUGUCUGGCCUGUUUACCAUAAACCAAACUCCAGGAACAAGAGUUUAGAGUUUGAGGAGCUCCAACAGCAAAAUGAGCAGAAUGAGCGUUUAGUUUUGGUGGAUUCGUGGAAGCUGAACAGAGGAAAAACGGUCACAGAAGAUCCCACAGACGAUGAGACUGCAAGCUCUUCCAGCACCGACACUGAAGCCACGACGGCGAUCAACGACGUGCACACGCCGGGAUGGGGCAGGUCCUGGCAGCUGACGGCGGCUCCUCCUGACGAAUAUGAAGAGCGACAGAAAAGCUGGAGCUCCUGCUGGAGUUACAGCCAGCAAAUGAGGUGGUGCCAAGCCUCCAUCAGCUCCCACCAUCGCCACAGCGCCGUGCUCACGAGGAGAAGAGAGGCUGCAAACCACCAGCUCACAGCAGAACUGCAAGAGGAAGUGAUUGACAGCACGGAGUGGAGCCAGGCUUGGAAGACUCCUAAAGAGUGGGCUCAACUACCGCAGGAGGAAGAGGAGGAAGACAACAGUGCUGAUGAAGCAGAAGGAGUGGAGAAGGAUACGGCAGACAGUGAGGAGGAGGGGGAUGACGGAGUGGAAGACGAGGAAGAGGAAGCUGUCAAUGAAAAAGAUAAAGAAUUUAACAAAAAGGAGACAGAUGAAGAAAACUGUGGAAUUGUUGAUGAAAAAGAAGAUGAGGAUGAAGGCGUAGAUGCAGAGGAGGAGGAAGAGGAGGAAGAAAAGGAAAAUAUUGAAGAAGUAGAUGAUGAAGAAGAUGAUCCCAGUGGAGAUGAAGGUGUUAAAGAAGGAAUGGAGGACAGGGAUGAAGAAAAAUGCAAAGGCUUUCACAAAAUCAAUGAAGAGGACGUAGGAAGAGAAGACAAGGAUGAAGGAGUAGAAGCAGAGGAGGAGGAGGAGGAUGAAGAGAACGAAAAAGAGGAGGAAGAGAAUGAAAAUGUGGAGGAACACAAUGAUGAAGAGGAGGAAGAUGAUGAGAAGGAACUAGACGAAGAAGUGAACAAGAACAGAAGAGUGAUGAACAAAAACAAGAUCAGAGAUGAUGAAGAGGAGGAAGAUAAUGAGGAAGAAAAUGAGGAUGAAGAGGGUGAAGAGCAAGAGGGUAAUGAAGAAAAGAACAAAGAGACUAAAGCACAGAAUGAGAAGGAAUAUUUGUCUGAAGAGGAGCAAGAGGAAGAAAAAGAGAAUGAGGAAGACAACACAUGUGAUAAAAGUGAGGAUGGAGUGACGAAGGUCAAAGGUAAAUCAAAUGAAGAGAAAAGAGGUGAGGACGAUGAAGAGGAUGACAAAGAGGAAACAGAUGAAGAUGAAGACUCUGAAGAACAAGAGACAGAUGAAGAAAAACAAAAGACUACAGAGGAUGAAGAGGAGGAUAAAGAUGUAGGGGAGGCAGAUGAUGUGCACAAAAUGAAAGAAAUGAGAGAUGAAGAUGAUGAAGAGGGUAAACGAGGAAAAGACAAGUUUGAUGAAGAUGUGGAAGAGGAGGAGGAAGACAAAGACUCUGACACAGACAAAGACAAGGAGAGAGAUGAAGAUGAGGGAGGAAAGGAUGACAGCAAAAGGGAGGAAGAUGACAAUGAAGAGGAAGGGAGAAUCAAAGACAAAAAUGAAGAUGAUGAAGAGGGCGAGAAAGAAAAAGACAGAGAUGAAUCCCAAGAACAACGUCAAAAAGAAAACUGUGGAGGUGAUGAAGAUGAAGAUGAACAUUAUGAAAUGGAUAAAGAUGAGGAAGAUGAGAAGAAUGAUUACAAACGUGGUGCAAAGAAAGAACUUCAAAAGAGCAGAGAAGAUGAGAAAAAGCUUUUGGAUGAAGAGGAAGAUGAUGAAGAUGAGGAGUACAAUGAAGAUGAGGAGGGUGAUGAAGAUGAGAAGGGUGAAAAUGAAGACAACAAUGAAAAGAAAGAGGAAGAUGAGUAUAAAAGCGACGAUAACAAAGAAGAUGAGGACGGGGAAGUGGAUGAGGAAGAGGAGGAAAUCAUAAAAAAGCAAAAAAUAUUCAAUAAGGAGGAUGAAGAAACAAAGGAAAAAGAUAAAUACAAAGAUGAAGAUAACGAGGUAGUGAGAGAGAAAGAUGAAAGCAGUGAAGAAGAGGUGGAUGAAAACGAGGAAGAGUUGGACGAUGAGGAAAAGGGGGAUGAAAACCACGAGGAAGUGAUUAAUAAAGACAACGAUGAAGAGGCAGAUAAAGCCAUUAAUGAGGAGGAAGAUGAGGACAACAAGGAAGAGGGAGAUGACUACAAUGGCAGAAAGGUAGAUAAAAAGGAGUUGGUAGAUGAAGACGAGGAGGAGGUAGAUGAGGACGAGGAGGAGGUAGAUGAAGACAAUGAUGAAGAGGUAGAUGAAGAAGAGGAGGAGGUAGAAGAGGACAAUGUGAAGGAUGGCAAAUGUGAGGCACAUCUGCAAGAUUUUUAUAAGAAGAAAAAUGGAAAAGGUGGGACUUUGGACAAUGAGGAAGAGGAGGAGGAGAAGACUGGUGAAGAUAAGAAGCUGAAGAACAGAAAGGACAGAAAGCCGACGCAAACGCUGAACGCUCAGCCCGCCGUGCCGCUGCAUCUGCAGUUCCACAAGCUGAACGCCUCCUUCGCCUCGUGGAGGCGCUCGUGGAUGGUGGCGGUCGCUCACAGAGGAGGACAGGAGAGCGAGGAAGAGGAAGAAGGAGAGGAGGAAACCGAAUGGAGGACCUGGAAGGAAUCCUGGAGGAUCUGUCGCCGGAGGAAGUGCGAUGAAGAUGAGGUGGUGUGCUUCUCAAUGAAGAAUCGCAGUCAGAGAUGCACGAGCCUCAAAAACGAGGAGAGCUGUUUGCCGCUGAAAGAGUGGCGCCUGAGCUGGAAAAUGGUCACGGCGUCACCAAAGAGGGAAGAUCCUGAAGAAGAGGAAGAAGAAGAGGAGGAAGAAGAGGAGGAAGAAGAGGUGGAAGAGAGCUAGAUAGCUGUGACAGCUGAGAUACUGAAGGUUAAGACGGCUGAAUGUGUCUGUGGGAUUUUCAGACUUGGCCUUCCGUAGAGUUUCAGCUUUGGUCCGUCUGCAGCAGCCCCCUAAAAGAGACGCGUGACCCAAACCGGGUUCCGGUCUGCAGCCUUUCUCCACAGCGUUGACUCAGACUGGACUGAGAGUUGCACAGAUGCCUGGAACACCUGAGGCUCUGGGCCACACAGCAGUUCCCGUCAGCUGCCUUCCAGACGAGUCGGGACAUUCGGGCCACACCGGGUCCACACAGCAGAAGCUGUGGGCCAACAAGCCCAGCUCUGUUUGGGCCUGUAGAGACUGUUUCUGUCUGUAGGUGUAGAACAGAAAGCUGCAUUUUCAUGUAUAUUAGGUUUGUUUUUCAUCAUGUCAAAUGUUGUUGACCAUCAUCCCUUUUCUAAGUAAACAAAUAAAACUGUCCGUUUUACAAAUUCCAAAGAUUUGUUGUGAUAUGAAGGACAGUUUGGGCGUCUCUGUCAGGAGACCAUCACUGAUGAGAGACGGACGCCGGGGAGGACUUUGCUCUCUGGCUCUGAAGAGAUUUGUGCAGACGGCCAUCAAACAAAGAGCUUUGACCGGAACGGUUCUGCCGUCAUGAAGGUCCAGCAGAUCCUCGUAUGUGAGAGGAGAGCCGUGCUGCCGCUGGAUCGCUGACCCCCACCUCAGUCUGGAAAACCAUCAAGUAGAGACUGCUGUGCUUCAUGAGCGGGAUGCAAACAGACGUCUCAGAGUUUGGGAUGUUAAAUGAAUGGUUUCAUGCUGAGAACAUAAAUUACAAACUACUUUUAUUUCUCUGAAAGGAAAAUGUGUCUGAGAGGCAGCUGGCUGCUGACUCCGCUCAUAGAAAUGGAGUCAAACAACUUUGUUUAGUAAAAAAUACACAUGUUCAUGCUCCUGCUUCUUAAUAAAUGUAAUUAUUGGUGCAGAAAAAGCUCCCCGCCAACAGACUCAGAGGUGAAUUUCUCGUGAACCCCUGCUGCUAUGCAGACUGUGGGACUUUUCAGACGCUAUAAUUAUUUUGACCGUUUGGGAAACAUUGUUUUAGAAGGUCAACUUUGUGUCAUCGUGUUAAUGUGUGGACAUGAAAUCUGAUGGGGAGGCCCCUGCAAGCAGAAUACAAUUCAAUUUAGUUUUGCUUAUUCAGCCCAAUAAUACAACACAGUCGUCUCAACGGGCUUCAUUAAUUGUAAAAAAGUACGAAAUCAGUUACAAAAUACAAUAGUUGACUGCUGAACUGAACUGAACUGAACUGAACUGAACUGAACUGAACUAAAGAUCCUCUAUCUCGGUGAGGAAAAGCACCUAAAAAAAACAGAUUCCAGGGGGAAAAAAA